GUGGCGGCCAUCUUGGCGGUGGAGCGAUGAGCGGAUCGAACCCGAAGGCUGCGACCGCGGGGCCGGCGCCUGGGCCCGGCGGGCUGGUGGCUGGCAAGGAGGAGAAGAAGAAGGCGGGAGGCGGCGUUCUGAACCGGCUUAAGGCGCGGCGGCAGGCGCCCCCACACUCGGCCGACGAUGGCACCGGGGCUGCGGUCACGGAGCAGGAGCUGCUGGCGCUGGACACCAUCCGCCCCGAGCACGUCCUGCGCCUCAACCGGGUCACCGAGAAUUACCUAUGCAAACCUGAGGACAAUGUCUACAGGAUUGAUUUUACCCGCUUCAAAAUUCGAGAUCUGGAGACAGGGACGGUGCUCUUUGAAAUUGCCAAGCCUUGCAUCUCAGACGAAGGCCAGGAUGCGGAGGAGGAGAGUGUGGACGUGGAUGUCAGUGUCGGGCGGUUCGUGCGCUAUCAGUUCACACCAGCCUUUCUCCGCCUCCGGACAGUGGGUGCCACGGUAGAGUUUACAGUGGGGGACAGACCUGUGUCAAACUUCCGGAUGAUUGAACGGCACUACUUCCGGGAGCGUUUGCUGAAAAACUUUGACUUUGAUUUCGGCUUCUGCAUCCCCAGCAGUAGAAACACGUGCGAACACAUCUAUGAGUUCCCGCAGCUCUCUGAGGAUGUCAUUCGUCUGAUGAUUGAAAACCCAUAUGAGACCCGCUCGGACAGCUUCUACUUUGUCGACAACAAGCUGAUAAUGCACAACAAGGCUGACUAUGCCUAUAACGGAGGCCAGUAACCGCCACAGGAGUGGACAGGGAAGGUCCUUUGCUGCCACCACGAGGCAUAUGGGGGAAUUGCAGCUACUGCUUGUCAACACCCUUUGAACCUGGUCCAGGAAGCUGCAACUGGGGUGGUGGUUUGUGCUCCAAGGAAGUGCCGGCCAGCAGUUUGUUGUAUGUUUUCCCCUGACCCCUAGUUUGCAGAGGUAUUAUAGUGACGUAAAAGAUUAGGGUAAGGUUCCUGGGAUCCAGAUAAAAGUGUUUAUUUCUGUGUAGUCUUCGCUAUGCACUGGUUGUCCCGACAAGCCCGACUAUCCAGGCACAGCUGUGUUAGUGAGAAGGCUUAGGCUGAGCCAACCUGCAGCUUCCCAGCUAGACUGCAGCUUCCUGGGUGCUGUGGGCAGCUGAAAGCAGUUUGUUUCCUCCUCCCCACGGUACUGCAUUGGAGCAGUCUGCCCUCAGCCUACACACAGUCUGAAGCCAACUGGAAGAGACUUGAUAGCGAGGGAGGGCAGAGCUCAAGGCUGAGGCACGGGGUUGGAGGUGAUGCCAGACUGAAAGGCAAGGCUUUGAGGAUACUACUUACCUGCCUUGAGGGACCCGCAGCCAGUCCUGGGGGAGACCAUGGUGGUGCCUGUCUUUUCUUACUCUGGAGGCCGGCCACAUGAGCCUGCUCUGCCCGCUGGCCAUGACUUUUCCUGCAGUAGACCACGUCAGUUUUGUUCACGGAACGUAGUGUCUCUUGAGUUCAGUGCAGGGCGGUCGUGCUCUGGGCUCUGUCCUCAGACUUCUUUGGGGAGUUCUUACACAGUGUUGGUGUGCUAGCACCUGCGAUACGGGUAGAUCUCUGCUAACAUGGAUUGGCUCCCAGGCUAAGCUGGCUCAUGGUGGGAAAGGCAUGGUUGCAGCCCGGCUGGUGCUUUAGAGAAACAUUACUGCUUAGGAGUGUUUUCCUGCCUGCCUUUCUACUGAAGUUGUUCUGGAACCAUUGGCGGGUGGUCUUGAGUAGUGUGUAUUCUGAUGCCUGCUUCAGGCUGCUGGCUGUCUGAGUAUUGGAAAGGGCAGCCUAGGCUGAGCCUGCCUGCCAGAGCACUGUGUCCUUAGCUUCCUGCACUUGUCAUGGAUGUAAGGUGACCUCAGAUCCUUUCUGACUCGCACCUCUUUGGCUCCCCAGGUUGGAGCUUUAGGACUCUGUGCUGUGACUCAGGUCCAUCAGCGUUGACGGAAGUGUCAGUAGUAAGGAGCAGAGGUACAGAAGUGUCCCUGAGGUAUGACAUUACCUGUGAUGAGAGCAGGCUCCCAGAGUGUUCUGUGAGAAGGGCACACUUUGGCCAGUGUCUCUCUGUGUUUGGCUUCUAGAGCAUUAGUAGCCUUGGAUUUUGGUCCUGUGUUCCACAUCUGGCCAGCAACUAACAUGCCAUAUGCUGAAAGUUUCCAGAAUGAAGAAGUCCUCUUUACCCUUCAUGCUGCACUGGGUUCACCCCCUGAGACGGGAGAGCCCGGGUGCCCUCUGGGCACCUCCUACCAUUCUAGAAUCUCAGAGCUGGAGUCCUCCAGAUCCAGGUGCCUUAGUGCGCUCUGCCCAUGCCCUGCAGGGAGCUGCUGUCCAUCUUUCUCUCCCACCUGUGUGCAGACACGAGCGGUCUCUGUACCUUUCCCUAGGUGGCCCCUCUGAUGCUCUUGACAAGGUUCCUCCUUGCUCUGUUACAGUCUGAUGAGGAGAGAUUUGGUUUCCAGUAUUUAAAUAAAUACUACCUAGAAUGAGCUUCCUGGAGCUGCAUGGUGUUUGCUCAGUGGAGCCCAGCUUGGGCUGUUCCUGUAUUCUGGCACACUGUUUCUUGCCUGUAGUUCUUGCUUUUGCUUGGAGGGCCCCAGAGGAUGGAGGAGCUGGGCACACUGGCUUGAACAGGACUGCAUCCC